ACGCAGAGCACAGCAAUGGGGCUAAUAUAGGGCUGAUAGAUCAGGAUUCAGGAGAAAAAAUGUAAACGUUGAACGAGAUGAAGAAAGAGGCAAAAUGGAAGACAGGAUUUUGUGUCACACUGCUCUGGAGCACAGACCGUUAUUUUGAGAGGAAAUAUGCAGAAUAUCUGUCCUUACAGUAGGUGCUAACGCAAGAAUAUUCAAGAUGAAGAAGCAAUUCAAUCGGAUGCGACAGCUCGCCAACCAAACGGUGGGAAGGGCAGAAAAAACAGAAGUAUUGAGUGAAGACCUUUUACAGGUGGAGAAGCGCUUGGAUCUGGUCAAACAAGUGAGUCACAGCACCCAUAAGAAGCUCACAGCCUGUCUGCAGGGCCAGCAGGGGGCAGACCCAGAGAAAAGGUCUGUCAAGUCCCCAUCCAAAAAACUACCACUUACAGUCUUAGCACAAUGUUUGGUUGAAGGGGCUGCCGUGCUGGGGGACGACUCUCUAUUAGGGAAGAUGCUGAAGAUCAGUGGAGAAACUGAGGAGAAGUUGGCCCAGGAGCUGAUCCAGUUUGAGUUUCAGAUAGAGAGGGAUGUGGUGGAGCCUCUCUACGUCCUGGCUGAGGUGGAUAUUCCCAACAUCCAGAAACAGAGAAAACACUUAGCUAAGCUUGUUUUGGACAUGGACUCUGCACGGACAAGAUUUCAGCAGUCAUCAAAGUCGUCCAGUCACCCAAGCACACUUCAGCCUGGAGCCAAGUCUGAGUCUCUGCGAGAGGAGAUGGAGGAGGCCGCCACCCGAAUGGAGAUCUGCAGGGAUCAGUUGUCCGCAGACAUGUACAAUUUUGUGGCCAAAGAAAUAGACUAUGCAAAUUACUUCCAGACGUUGAUAGAAACACAGGCCGAAUACCAUCGGAAAUCAUUAGAGAUUCUUCACAGUAUUCUGCCUCAGAUUAAAGCGCAGCAAGAGGCGUGGGUGGAGAAGCCGUCGUUUGGCAAGUCCUUAGAAGAGCACCUGAACAUUAGCGGGAGAGAAAUCGCCUUUCCUAUCGAGGCCUGUGUCACUAUGCUGCUGGAGUGUGGCAUGCAAGAGGAGGGUCUCUUCAGAGUGGCUCCAUCUGCGUCAAAGCUGAAGAAGCUAAAGGCGUCGUUAGACUGUGGGGUUCUGGAUGUGCAGGAGUACUCCUCUGAUCCACACGCCAUAGCAGGGGCGUUAAAAUCUUACCUCCGCGAACUCCCUGAGCCACUAAUGACCACAGAACUUUAUGACGAAUGGAUACAGGCUUCCAACAUUCAAGAUAUGGACAAGAGACUACAAGCACUCAUGGCAACUUGUGAAAAACUUCCUACAGAUAAUUUGAACAAUUUUAGAUAUUUAAUUAAAUUCUUGGCCAAGCUGAGUGAAUAUCAGGAAUCAAAUAAGAUGACGCCCGGUAACAUGGCGAUUGUCCUUGGCCCCAAUUUGCUGUGGACGCACACUGAACCGAACAUGACAGAGAUGAUGACGACAGUGUCCCUGCAGAUAGUUGGCAUCAUUGAACCUAUUAUUCAGCAUGCUGAUUGGUUCUUUCCCGGAGAAAUUGAGUUUAACCUGACUGGCUGUUACGGGAGCCCAGUCCACACCAACCACAACUCCAACUACAGCUCCAUGCCCUCGCCAGACAUGGACCAAUCAGAACGCAAGCAGCCGCACGACCAAAGCCGUCGCCCACUGAGUGUUGCUACGGACAACAUGAUGCUCGAAUUUUACAAGAAGGAUGGCAUUAGGAAAAUACAAAGUAUGGGUGUUAGGGUGAUGGAUACCACUUGGGUCUCUCGUAAGGGCUCGUCCACAUUGUCGAGGAAGACCUCGUCUACUCCCCCGGGAAUGCCUGCUGCAGGCUCCUCCGCAGACUCUCUAAUCCCAGAACAGCCUGGGGAGUUUCUAACGUCUCCCUCUGCCACACCUCCGCUUAGUGACCGGGCCUGCUCAGAGCACGUGUUACCCAAUCGGCCGGACACCUCUCAUGCCCACCCGCCUCAGGGGGAGGACCGCCCCCCCCCUCCUUACCCCAUGUCUUCGUGCCACAGUAUGACGCACCACUUCUACCCCAAACCCCCGCCCUGUGCCCGUCCGGUGGCACCAGGUCCAGAGUCUCAGCCCCCUGGAUCGCCUCCAGCCCCCCUGCGCUGGUCUGGCUUUACCCCCCCAGCCCCGCCCCCCUCCUCCUCAUCUUCUUCCUCUUCCUCCUCACUUGAUAUCAAUUCAAACCCCAAACCCAGCUGUCUGCACUUUGCCAAGCACAGUCCUCCGGGUGACAUGUCACAUGUCCCCCCACCAGACACAAGCGCGUCACCUCUGUACAUCAAAACACCCCUGGUUCUCACCCGCCACGAUCAGGCCUUUGGUAACCCCCCUAGCCUCCCUUCAUCUGCUCCCCCACCCCCUCCAUGGGCCGCUUGUCCAAGUGCCAGAGAGAGAGGACCCCCCAGACUGACUAGUUCACUGAAGAGUAAGGAGCUCUCCCCUGUGAUUGGACACAAAGCCAUCCAGGUGGCGACUCCAACAGUUCCUCCUAACUGUAGCCCUCAGAGCAGCAGCCAGUGCCCCCACUCCACAGAGCACAGCCCACACUCUCUGCGCAAAGGUUCUAAGAAACUGGCCCCAGUGCCUCCCAAAGUCCCAUACACUCAGUCUGGUGGAAUGCCUGACCAGUCCGCGGGACAGCCAUCACCAGUCAGCUUGUCUCCAACCCCUCCCAGUACCCCCUCUCCCUACGGACUGAGCUGUCCACCUGGGCCGCUGCCCCCCUCCUCUCCAGGACAGACCCCACUCGGAGGUCCACAUUCUCUGUCGUCCCCACCCUCUUUGACAGGAACACUUACCAAGUCCCGCCCUGCUCCUAAACCCCGGCAGAGACCCAGCCUGCCACCCCCCCAGCCCCCCUCAGUACCCCCUGGACUCAUUGGACCCAGCUCCGCCUCUGUGCCACAGCCUUUGGAGCAGGGCCUGAUGGAUGGCCUGUCGCCUGGAGAGAGCAUGUCCACAGAUAUCUUCAAUUAUGAAAUCCCCUCCAUCAAUGUCAAUCUGGACAGCCUCAUCGAUGAGUUCAGCGGCGCCCCCUGCAGGCGGUCCAUGGCAGUGACAGACUCUCCAGAAGGGGAUGAGGAGGAGCCCCAGAGUACCACUCUAUGACACUAAGGCACCACAGCUUUCAGCGCCUCUAAUCCUGUACACACUGCUUACUAUGGCGACCAAGGUCUGAUGGAAAACAGUUGGCCUCACCUAUGCCCACCUGAGCCCUGCCUAACCUGUUGCACAUCAGCUAGACAGCAAAGAGCCAAUAUUAUAGUUAAUUAUCCACAUGCAUGACUACAAAACAAACACAAAUGCCAUUGUGGAGGAACAGUUGCCUUUUAUUGGAAAGACUGGAUUACCGACCAGUAUUUGAAUAAUUUAACCACUUUGCUUCAGUUCAUUAUUUCGGUGCCCAAGAGUGAUCUGCCUUUUCGUACGUUUUUAUGUUUGCCUUAUCAAAACGUGCUUUUGAAUGGUCACAUGUGAAAGAUUUUCCUUUGAGAUCACUAAAUGUUUAGGCCUACAGGGUGAGUGUUACAGUGGAUAGUGGUCAGUGUUUGCUCACAGGGUAUACAAGCUUUGUGCACAUCUCACUAAGACCCAAAGAUGGUCCCAGGUGGUUACAUUUUACUAUUAAGUGUACCUUGCUUCAAUUGCAAAGUUUAUUUACAUUACCCUACACAUUAUUUAUACCUAAAAUCACCACCUACCAGCACAUUAUAAAAGAAUGUUAUUGUGAACUUUGAACUGUUACUCUCUAAAUAGACAACAGAAACAUUGCACAUGAAGCCUAAACUCUCGGUGCCAAGGGGCUCAAAAUGGCAGUGUCAGAUUCUCUUUGCAGAAAACGCCCAUGUUUCAGACUGGUGAUCUAGGACACCACUGCCUUUAGGUUUGUAUAAAUCUUUAUCUUGUUUUAAGUGCUUCAGGUUGAGUGACCUUUGACCCCGAGUGUAAAUACAAAAAUAUGUACAUAACUUGAUGUAUAUAAAUCUGAGAUGAAGAGUCUAUGACUAACUGGAAUAUAUGAUAAUAUAUGUGCUGAUAUUUAUCAUGUGUGGAAAAUAUAUUGAUAAAAUAAUCACAUUAUUUUUGGUCCUGCACAGACUCAGUAUUUGUGACGUUUCACUUAAAUAACCAGGUUACAAAGAUGCUGCAGCAAUCACAGAGACACUUCAUCGGAAAUUUCUUUUUUUUUCAGUCAUGCAAUUUCCAACAUUAUCUCUUGAGUGUAAAAGUUCUUGAUAGAUAAUCAGAACAUUUUGACAUGUUGAGGCAUUCAUGAUUUGAAUAAGAAGGUGAAAAAUGUUAAUUCAAAAGUAAAAUACCUUUACCAGAAUAAUCAAAUUACUUUACAUGUGUGAAGCAGACACUUCAAACAGACGGUAAUUAUGUUUAUUAAAGUGCAAUUACAAUGUCCGUGCUCCACCACAGGCACAGUCUUUUAAUCAUAUGAUUAGUGAAAUGCAUUCAAAUGAAUUGGAGAAAUUUCAAAUAGAUUUUUUUCUGUAACUAAAGUUAAUUUACAUUGAUUUUACAUAUUACAUUGAUAGCUGUGGUGAUAACUGU